AUGAAUAAAUUGUUGAGUGCCAUCGCCAAGAUGAAGAAGUUUGAUGUUGUGGUCUCUCUCGGCGAGCAGAUGCAAAUGUUAGGGAUUGCACAUAAUCUGUAUACUUACAGUAUUUUGAUUAACUGUUUCUGCCGCCGCUCGCAACUUCCUCUUGCUUUAUCCAUGCUUGGGAAGAUGAUGAAACUCGGAUAUGAGCCUGAUAUUGUCACGCUUAACUCGCUUCUUAAUGGUUUCUGUCGUCACGGUAAGAGGAUUUCUGAUGCCGUAGCUUUGGUUGAUCAAAUGGUUGAAAUGGGAUAUCAACCCAACACCGUCACAUUCAACACUCUAAUCAAUGGCCUUUUUCUCCACAACAAAGUCUCCGAAGCUGUGGCUUUAGUUGAUCGGAUGGUGCUGAAAGGGUGCCAACCAAGUUUAGUUACUUACGGUGUGGUAGUAAACGGAGUGUGUAAGAGAGGCCAUACUGAUUUGGCUUUGAAUCUGCUCAAGAAGAUGGAAGCGGACAAAAUAGAGGCUGGUGUUGUGAUCUACAACACACUCAUUGAUAGUCUCUGCAAACACAAACAUGUGGAUGAUGCACUCGACCUAUUCAGUGAAAUGGAGAAAAAGGGAGUUAGACCUGAUGUUUUCACUUACAGCUCCCUCAUAAGCUGCCUUUGUAACUAUGGAAGAUGGAGCGACGCCUCUGGAUUACUAAGCGAUAUGGUCGAGAGGAACAUCGACCCCGAUGUGGUCACUUUUAGUGCAUUGAUCGAUACGUUUGUGAAAGAAGGGAAACUUUUGGAGGCCGAGAGAUUGUACGAGGAGAUGAUCCGAAGGUCUAUAGCUCCUGAUACAGUCACUUACAAUUCAUUGAUCAACGGGUUUUGCUUGCAAGAUCGUCUAGAGGAGGCGAAGCAGAUGUUUGAUUUGAUGGUUAGCAAGGAUUGUCUCCCAAACGUGGUGACUUAUAAUACUCUUAUCAAUGCAUUUUGCAAGUCCAAGAAAGUAGAAGAUGCUAUGGAACUCUUCCGCGAGAUGUCUCGAAGAGGAUUAGUUGGCAACACAGUCACUCACAACACUCUCAUCAAAGGGUUUUUCGAAGCCAGCGACUGUGAGAAUGCCCAACAAGUGUUCAAACAGAUGGUUUCGGCUGGUGUACCUCGUGAUAUUUGGACAUACAGCAUUUUGUUAGAUGGGCUUUGUAAUAAAGGGAAGCUCGAGAAAGCACUGGUCAUCUUCGAAGACAUGCAAAAGAGUGAAAUGGAACUCAAUAUUGUCACAUAUAAUAUCAUCAUUGAAGGGAUGUGCAAGGCUGGUAAAGUGGAAGAUGCUUGGGAUCUGUUUGCUAGUCUCGAUCUCAAAGGAGUGAAGCCUAAUGCUAUAACCUACACAAUAAUGAUCUCUGGAUUUUGCGGGAAAGGCUUAAAGCAGGAAGCCGAUGCCUUGUUCAGAAAAAUGAAAGAAGAUGGGUGUUUUCCAAAUGAAUGUACGUAUAAUACGCUGAUCAGGGCACGCCUUAGAGAUGGUGACAAAGCAGAAUCAGCUGAACUCAUCAAGGAAAUGAGGAGUUGCGGCUUCCGUGGUUAUGUUUCAACAUCGGGUUCGAAGGAUUCUAUAGAUUCCGAAUCAGACAAAAGGGAAGCCGGAAACGAUGCAGAAAUCGCUUGCGAUGACGGCGAAGAGAUUUCUUCAUCGGAAUCUUCUGGAAAAAGAACUGGCCUUCCUUCGUUAAGCCAUUGCGGUUUCUGUGGCUGGGUACGAGCUUUCUCUAGCGUGAUUGAUUUCCGAGAGAGACUGAGCAGGAACCGGCUUCGUGAUAUCAAGCUAGAUGAUGCAAUCGAUUUGUUCACCGAUAUGAUGUUGAAACUUGGUUAUGAGCCGGAUAAAGUCACGCUUGCCUCUCUUGUCAAUGGAUUCUGUCGCAGGAAUAGGGUUUCUGAAGCUGUAUCUUUCGUUCAGAAAAUGGUGGAAAUAGGUUAUAAACCUGACAUUGCAGCUUACAACAAGAUCAUUGAUUGUUUUUGCAAAACUAGAAGGGCUAAUGAUGCUCUCAACUUCUUCAAGGGGAUUGAAAGGAAAGGGAUAAGACCAAAUGUUAUUACCUACACUUCUCUCGUAAAGGGUCUUUGUAAUUCGGGACGAUGGAGCGACGCAGCUCGGCUGUUGAGUGAUAUGAUCAAGAGGAAGAUCAGACCAAAUGUGAUUACUUACAGCGCGUUGGUCGAUGCAUAUGUGAAGAAUGGGAAGGUUUUAGAGGCCAAAGAGCUGUACGAGGAGAUGGUCCGAAUGUCUAUCGAACCUGAUAUCGUCACUUACAGUUCCCUGAUCAAUGGAUUUUGUAUGCACGAUCGUAUAGACGAGGCCAGUGAGAUGUUUGAUUUGAUGGUUAGCAAAGGCUGUUUCCCAGAUGUAGUGAGUUACAACACUCUUAUUAAUGGGUUUUGUAAGUCGAAGAGAGUAGAUGAUGGCAUGAAACUCUUCCGGGAGAUGUCUCAGAGAGGAUUGGUUAGCAAUACAGUCACUUACAACACUCUUAUCCAAGGAUUUUUUCAAGCAGGCGAUGUUGAUAUGGCUCAAGAAUUUUUUAAUCAGAUGGAUUCUUUUGGCGUAUCUCCUGAUAUUUGGACCUAUAACAUUUUUUUAGGUGGUCUUUGUGACAACGGGAAGGUAGAGGAAGCAUUGGUGAUAUUUGAAGAUAUGCAGAAGAGAGAAAUGGAUCUUGAUAUUGUCACGUAUACUACAAUCAUCCAAGGGAUGUGCAAGACUGGUCAGGUUGAAGACGCUUGGGGUUUAUUUUGUAGCCUCAGCCUCAAAGGAGUGAAACCUGACGUUGUCACAUACACUACAAUGAUGUCAGGCUUGUGUAGGAAAGGCCUACAUCGUGAAAUAGAUGCAUUGUAUACAAAAAUGAAAGCAGACGGGCUUAUGCUGAACGACGGCACGCUAUGUCUUAGAGAUGGGGACAUAACAGCAUCAGCUGAACUUAUGAAAGAAAUGCUGAGUUGUGGCUAUGCACCGUCUUUACUAGGAGACAGAGAGUCUAGGCGAAGCAAAAAAGCUCUCUCUUUGUAG